AUGUUCGUGGUCGUUCUCCUUGCGGUCAGCCCAGUCGUCGCUGGUCUUCACGAGGACAAGCGCUCGCUGGUUCAGAUGCGAGCGAGAGAUGGCAAUCAUCACCAUCAUAGCCACAAGAAGGCCAACAAUAGGAUCAAGACUGGUGCCAAGAUUACCUUCUACGCCGGUAAGUCGAGAAAUAAUCUUGAGUCGAGAUGCUGCCAGGAAGCAGAGCGGAGCAAAAGAAAUCGCCAGAGCGUAGGAACGCACUGUCAUGUCAGAAGCAACGUGGUCGGGGACGCCUCGGAAAGGAACCCCACGUGUGACGCCGGUUGCUGACCAGCGAGCAGUGCGCCCUCAUCACCAUUCAGGCGAACAGCUCGCUAAACCCUCUUGCGGCGGAAGCACUCCAAAAGACGAGGAUAUGAUCGCUGCUGCGCCCGCGAACAGCCCAGCCAAAUGCGGUGACCACGUCACGAUCAAGCACGGCAGCAAAGAGGUCACAGUCACUGGUUAGUCGUCUGCUGUCACAAGUCAGCCAUUCCUUCCACCAUUGCUUGAAUUCCACUGACUGGGCCGCUCUUCUCCCUUGCCUGUCUCUACUCGGCAGUCGUCGACACGUGCGGGGGUUGCCCCAAGAUGGGUUUGGAUCUUUCCAAAGGAGCGUUCCAGAAGCUUGCCACGUUGGACGCAGGUGUCAUUGAGGGCGCCCAGUUUUGGAUCAACUAG